AUGCCAGGAGCAGUGGCGCGGCAUAUACGAAAUGCAGCGUUUCCCUUCCAUUACGCACCGGAUCGGAACUUCCAUGCGGGCCGAGCGCUCCCGUUUGCCCACGGAGCCGGCGCGGAGCGGGGGAGCCGCCAAGCGGGGCCUCCUGCCGCAGGGACCGGGCUCAGCCACCCGAACCGGCCCGUGGCCCGUGCCCCAGUGAUACCAGAAACGGGAGGCUUUCAAGGACAGGAGAACAAGCGGCAGCACCUCCCUGCUCGGGGAGCGGAGCCGCGCUCCUCGCGCAGCAGCCGGGCUGUCCCCGCGGGUGCCCGUGCCCUGGCUGGGCGCCUCGUUGGCACCCGGACGCGCCGGGGCAGCGACUGCCUGCGGAAAACGCAUUACGUGAGUGAGCCGCUCCUAAUCAAGGGAGGCAAAGUCGUCAACGAUGAUCAGUCAUUCUACGCUGACAUCUUAGUGGAGGAUGGCCUGAUAAAGCAGGUCGGGGAGCAGCUGCAGGUGCCCAGUGGCACCCGGACGCUGGAUGCCUACGGGCAGCUGGUGCUGCCGGGGGGCCUGGACCCGCACACGCGGCUGCGGGCGCCGGGGAUGGCUCCGGCCGACGACUUCAGUCCCGUCCCUGCAGUCGACCACGUGCUGCCAGAGCCAGGCACCGCGCUGCUGGAUGCCUACGAGCGCUGGCGCGAGGCUGCCGCCGGCCAGGCCUGCUGCGACUACGCGCUGCACCUCGACGUCCCCCGCUGGCACGAGGGCCUCGCCGAGGAGCUGGAGGCCCUGGUGAAGGACAAGGGGGUGAACUCCUUCCUGCUCUUCAUGGCCUACAAGGACAAGCUGCAGUGCUCCGACGCGCAGCUGUACGAGAUCUUCAGCGCGCUCCGCGACUUGGGAGCCAUUGCCCAGGUGCACGCUGAGAACGGCGACAUCAUCGACGAGGUAGAGCGCUAAAUCCCUUCCGAGCAGGGGUCACACCGGGCCCUGGGCUGACGGGGGUGGUGCUGCCAUCGCAGACGGGCUGUGGAGGCGGAGGCCGUGUACCGCGCCGUGACCAUCGCGCGACAGGCCAACUGCCCCCUCUACGUCACGAAGAUCAUGAGCAAGGCUGCGGCCGACGUGCUGGCGCGCGCCAAGAGGAAGGGUGCAGUCGUGUACGGGGAGCCCAUCGCCGCCAGCCUGGGCACCGAUGGCUCCCACUACUGGAGCAAGAACUGGGCCAAGGCCGCGGCCUUCGUCACCUCGCCGCCCGUCAGCCCCGACCCCACGACGCCCGACCAUCUCUCCACGCUCCUGGCCUGUGGGGAUCUGCAGGUGACGGGCAGUGCUCACUGUGCCUUCACCACCGCGCAGAAGGCAGUGGGCAAAGACAACUUCACCCUCAUCCCAGAGGGCACCAACGGCGUCGAGGAGCGCAUGGCCAUCGUCUGGGAGAAGUGCGUGGUCUCAGGCAAGAUGGACGAGAACGACUUUGUGGCCGUGACCAGCACGAACGCAGCCAAGAUCUUCAACUGCUACCCCAGGAAGGGGCGCGUUGCCGUCGGGUCAGAUGCCGACCUGGUUUUGUGGAACCCCAAGGCUACAAAGAUUAUCUCAGCAAAAACCCACAACUCGAACGUGGAGUACAACAUCUUCGAGGGACUCGAGUGCCACGGGGCGCCCAGCGUCGUCAUAAGCCAGGGCCGGGUUGUGCUGGAGGACGGGAUCCUCUCCGUCACCCCAGGCUCCGGACGCUUCAUUCCCAGAAAAACCUUCCCAGACUUUGUCUAUAAGAGGAUAAAGGCAAGAAAUCGGCUGGCCGAGGUCCACGGCGUCCCUCGAGGGCUCUACGACGGGCCGGUGCACGACGUGGUGGUGGCGGCCAAGGCUGCGGCGCCGGCGCCAGCCGCGCGCAUCAUUCCCUGCGCCAGCAAAAUCCCGGCGGUGCCUGUGCGCAACCUGCACCAGUCGGGGUUCAGCCUCUCCG